AUGGCUCGGCUGUCCGUGCUCCCUUGCUCAGUGGUUAUCGCCAAGCAACAGCUGGCGGCGACACUUCCUAGUUACACUUCCGGGAGUACGGAGUGGUGUAAGGGACACACUUCUGCUACUGUAUGGCUUACGGACUCUCUUCGGUACUAUGCCUGCUUGAUCAAAACUUUUAUCAGGAUGGAAUGUGAAAAUUCAUUCAGCUAUGGUGUAUGCAACACAAGCCUGUCUGCAUGGAAUGGUGAUAAACAGUCUAACGGCACAGCUUAUAAGAGGAAGAGAUAUGAGAACGGAUAUUUCACUGACUCCAAUGGCUGCAAAGAAAGUCUGAAAGGACCUACCAAGUUAAGAGCAACCUGUUUUGUACAAAUGCUUCCCAACAAAGGAGUCUUCCAGUCAGAGAAAUGGAAACCCAAUGGCAGCACAUUGUACUAUCCAGUCACAUCACAUCUCUUAGUAAAUUUUGAAAAAUAUGAUCAGAUAAGUUUUGAUGAAGGACUUUUUUUUAUAGGGGAUGACUCUGGAGGAUGUGUACAGAAGGAGCAAGGUCAUGUGAUUAACUGCUGGCGAUUUGAUGAUAAAGAAAAGACACUUUUUAUAGCAAUGUCAUAUUUGUUCACGCACCUUUCUACUUUUCAAGAAGUUGUCAGUCAACUGAACUGAGUCAACUAAGGCAUUCUCACAAGUAAUAGUAAUGCAAACUUCAGAUUUCAGAUGUAAUAGUACAUAACCCUUGAACAUUAUAUGGAAAAUGUACUUCCAAUUUUUGAUAUCUUCUAAGACUUCAACAAGGCUAUUUUCACAUUGUUUUUACAAACUUCAUAGAUAUACAUUAGGAGAUCAUCUUGACAAACAUUCGGACAAUAAUUAUUAAUGAAAAUGUAUGGCACCUUUAGACAAGAAAGAAUGUAGUAUUGAUGAGACUCUUUAAAGGGGUACUCAAGUAGAAAACCAUUUUUUAUAAAUCAACUGGUGCAAGAAAGUUACAGAUUUGUUAGUUACUUCGAUUUAUAAAAUCUUAACCCUUUCAGUACUUAGCUGCUGUAUGCUCAACAGGAAGUUUUUUUUUUUGUUUGUUUUUUUCUUUUUAUAUUUAUUUUCUGUCUGACCACAGUGCUCUCUGCUGACACCUCUGUCCAUGUCAGGAACUGUCCAGAGCAGCAUAUGUUUGCUAUGGGGAUUUACUCCUACUCUGGACAGUUCCUGACAUGGACAGAGGUGUCAGAAGAGAGCACUGUGGUCAGACAGAAAAGAAAUUCAAAAAGAAAAGAAAUUCCUCUGUAGUUUACAGCAGCUUAUAAGUAAUGGAAGGAUUAAGAUUUUUUUAAUAGAAGUAAUUUGCAAAUCUGUUUAACUUUCUGGCACCCACUGGGGUACCUCUUUAAGAGGUGUACACCUUCAACUCAUCUUAAAUUUUGAUAUCUCCAAGCUGUAGUUAAGGCAACUAUACAUGCAACUUACAAAUCUCCAGCAACACUGCGUUCUGAAAUAACACAACACUUGUCCCAAAUUUGUCUGAGACAGAAACUGUCUAAUUUGCCCAUAGUGACCAAUCACAGCUCAUCUUUCUGUUUUUAAACUGCCCUUGUAAACAAAAGUUGAGCUGUGUUUGGUUGCUAUGAGCAAAAGAGUUUUCGUCUCAGAAAGAUUGAUAUAUCUGGGCCAUAUGUCUGAGGGGUAUGUAGAAGUGGAGAUAAACUUUAAAACAAAUCAAACUGAAUAUGAAGUGAAUGUUGUAUCAAAGUAUGGUAAUCUGUGUUUGACCAGUUUUUAGUUGUUGAAACAAAAGAAAAUCGUAACCUCACUUGCUUUUUACUUUUCUUCAAUGAUCUCAUACACAGCAGUUUUGUACAUUCAUGCAAAUGAAGCAAAAGUAAAUAAUGUAUACUGUUGUUUUGACUUCCCUCUUAUUGCACUUGGUAUUCCAGGUAUAUUUUUAACUUUCUUAAAUAAAAUUUUUCAUAGUUAUAUUUUGUUCUUUUUUUUUAUUGUGUAUCUUUAAAUAAACAGGGAUGAUAA